AUGUACCUUAUGUUAAGGAUCUUUACUCAGUACUAUAUUAUUAUAGGUAUCCCGUGCAAAGGAAAAGUAAACAAAGUUCCAGAAAAACGGACCCAAGAAGAAAGUCCCUCAACUUCUAAUUCUCUCGGAUUAGAAUGCAAUCCAGAGCAUUUCUCAGAAGGCACCGAAGCAAAUGAGCAUACCAAUUUCUACAUUGCUCCUGAAAAUAAAAUCAAGGAUCUGGGACAGAUUCUCAUUAAAGGACACCAUAUCUUUAUAGAAGGGUAUCGCCAGAGUGAUAAAACAACAUCUUUCCCUGGCAAGAUUACACUGGCAAAGCUAAAAUUAAUCUUAUUGGAAAAAUAUAAUCAAAUCCCGUUUAAAGGUUUCGAAGUUUGCCAUCUGUUAAAAUCCAGGCAACUAUAUUCUGUCAAGAUUUACGUUGCCACUUUCAAUGUUGGACUUGAUGCCAAGAACGGUACUGGAAGUCCACAGACAUCGUUGGGAUGGUUUUCUGCUAUGGAUCUUACACUUAUAAGAAAAUAUACUAUCGAGAAUCUCGCCAUUCAACACAUAUUUGUACAACAGGCUCUUAAUGCUAUUAACAAUCCAUCCGAAUACGCAUUUCAAGCCGAAUUCGCUACCGUCCUCAAAUAUUUACUUUCCAAUGUUUAUCCAGUUUUACAGUACCGAAUCAUCGUUGAGGCCAAAGAACGUGAUGUUAAUGGUAAUCGGCGUAAACGUCUGGACAUUUUUCUCCGCGAUCACGAUCAGCCCACAUAUGGUUUCGAACUUGUCGUUAAUGCAAAUAAGAAAAAUUUCGACGAACACUUAGAUCGCGCCAAUUAUUAUAGCAAUGUUCCAUGUACUUGA